CGCGGAGCCCGUGGAGCCGGGCAGGGGGCGCUGCGCUCGCCGCGCUCGGAGGGGCCGCCGGGCCGGGCGCCGCGCCCUCGCGUCGGGAGCCGCCUCUCCCCCGCGGCGCUCGCCCCUGCUCCCCGCCAGCAUCCCUUGUCCCGCGGCCGCGCUCAGACAACAAAAGCGGAAGAUGCUGCAGUUGGGCAAGGUCAGGACCUUGCCCUGAAGCCGGGCGGCGGCGUGCACGCCUCUCCCCGACCGCGGAGUCGUCGCCGGUGGCGGGUGCAUGUUCUCCAGGAGGCAGUCGGGCGCCGCGCCGCUGGGAGCUAUGCCUGUCCCAGACCAGCCUUCAUCAGCCUCAGAGAAGACCAGCUCCCUGAGCCCCGGCCUCCCCACCUCCAAUGGGGAUGGCUCAGAAACGGAGACCACCUCCGCCAUCCUCGCCUCGGUCAAAGAACAGGAAUUACAGUUUGAGAGACUGACCCGAGAACUGGAGGCCGAGCGCCAGAUCGUGGCCAGCCAGCUGGAGCGAUGCAAGCUUGGAUCCCAGACGGGGAGCAUGAGCAGCAUCAGUUCAGCAGAAGAGCAGUUUCACUGGCAAUCACAAGAUGGUCAAAAAGACAUCGAAGAUGAACUUACAACAGGUCUUGAGCUGGUGGACUCCUGUAUUAGAUCACUGCAGGAAUCAGGAAUACUUGACCCACAGGAUUAUUCAACAAGUGACAGGCCCAGCCUGCUCUCCCAGACUGCACUUCAGCUCAAUUCCAAACCUGAAGGGUCCUUCCAGUAUCCGGCCAGCUACCAUAGCAACCAGGCCCUGGCUCUGGGUGAGACGGCCCCAUCGCAGCUCCCUGCCCGCAGCACGCAAGCCCGAGGUGCCGGCCAGAGCUUCAGUCAGGGCACCACGAGCCGCGCGGCGCACCUGGCGGGGCCCGAGCCCGCGCCGCCGCCGCCGCCGCCGCCGCGGGAGCCGUUCGCGCCCAGCCUGGGCAGCGCCUUCCACCUGCCCGACGCGCCGCCCGCCGCCGCCGCCGCCGCCGCGCUCUACUACUCGAGCUCCACGCUGCCCGCGCCGCCGCGCGGGGGCUCCCCGCUGACCGCGCCGCAGGGCGGCUCGCCCACCAAGCUGCAGCGCGGCGGCUCGGCCCCCGAGGGCGCCGCCUACGCCGCGCCGCGCGGCUCCUCGCCCAAGCAGUCGCCCAGCCGCCUAGCCAAGUCCUACAGCACCAGCUCGCCCAUCAACAUCGUCGUGUCCUCAGCCGGCCUGUCCCCGAUCCGCGUGACCUCGCCCCCCACCGUGCAGUCCACCAUCUCCUCGUCGCCCAUCCACCAGCUGAGCUCCACCAUAGGCACGUACGCCACCCUGUCGCCCACCAAGCGCCUGGUGCACGCGUCCGAGCAGUACAGCAAGCACUCGCAGGAGCUGUAUGCCACGGCCACCCUCCAGAGGCCGGGCAGCCUGGCAGCCCCAUCUUCCCCUGGUGUCGACUCCGUCCCCUUGCAGCGCACAGGCAGCCAGCAUGGCCCACCGAAUGCCAGCGCGGCCACCUUCCAGAGGGCCAGCUACGCCGCCGGCCCGGCCUCCAAUUACGCGGACCCCUACCGCCAGCUGCAGUACUGUCCCUCUGUUGAGUCUCCAUACAGCAAAUCCGGCCCUGCCCUCCCGCCCGAAGGCACCUUGGCCAGAUCCCCGUCCAUUGAUAGCAUUCAGAAAGAUCCCAGAGAAUUUGGAUGGAGAGACCCGGAACUGCCAGAAGUGAUUCAGAUGUUGCAACAUCAGUUUCCUUCAGUCCAGUCUAAUGCUGCAGCCUAUUUACAGCACCUCUGUUUUGGAGAUAAUAAAAUUAAAGCCGAGAUAAGAAGACAAGGAGGCAUCCAGCUCCUGGUGGACCUGCUGGACCAUCGGAUGACGGAAGUCCAUCGUAGUGCCUGUGGAGCCCUGAGAAACUUGGUGUAUGGGAAGGCCAACGAUGAUAACAAAAUUGCCCUGAAAAAUUGUGGCGGCAUCCCAGCGCUGGUGAGGUUACUCCGCAAGACCACCGACCUGGAGAUCCGGGAGCUGGUCACAGGAGUCCUUUGGAACCUCUCAUCUUGCGACGCACUCAAAAUGCCAAUCAUCCAGGACACCCUGGCAGUGUUGACCAACACCGUGAUUAUCCCCCACUCGGGCUGGGAAAACUCAGCUCUGCAGGACGAUCGGAAAAUACAGCUGCAUUCCUCACAGGUGCUGCGAAAUGCCACUGGAUGCCUAAGGAACGUUAGUUCUGCUGGAGAGGAGGCCCGUAGGAGGAUGCGGGAAUGCGACGGGCUCACAGAUGCGCUGCUCUACGUGAUCCAGUCUGCGCUGGGGAGCAGUGAGAUCGACAGCAAGACCGUGGAAAACUGUGUGUGCAUCUUAAGGAACCUCUCGUACCGGCUGGCAGCAGAAACGUCUCAGGGACAGCACGUGGGCACAGACGAGCUGGAUGGGCUGCUCUGCGGGGAGGCCAACGGCAAGGACGCGGAGAGUUCCGGGUGCUGGGGCAAGAAGAAGAAGAAGAAGAAACCCCAAGAUCAGUGGGAUGGAGUAGGACCUCUUCCAGACUGUGCAGAACCACCAAAAGGGAUCCAGAUGCUGUGGCACCCUUCAAUAGUCAAACCCUACCUCACGCUGCUCUCUGAGUGCUCAAAUGCAGACACGCUGGAAGGGGCGGCAGGCGCCCUGCAGAACUUGGCUGCAGGGAGCUGGAAGGGCUGGGCUGAGGAUGUGGCAGGCAUGGCGUAUGCCCUACGUUCACUGCCAGAGGGGGCUCCCUGCCUGCCACAGUGGUCAGUAUAUAUCCGGGCUGCUGUCCGAAAAGAGAAAGGCCUACCCAUCCUUGUGGAACUGCUUCGGAUAGAUAACGACCGUGUGGUGUGCGCGGUGGCCACAGCUCUCCGGAACAUGGCCUUGGACGUCAGAAACAAGGAGCUCAUAGGUAAAUACGCCAUGCGAGACCUCGUCCACAGGCUCCCAGGCGGGAACAGCAACAACGCAGCGAGCAAGGCCAUGUCAGAUGACACAGUGACAGCCGUCUGCUGCACCCUGCACGAGGUGAUCACCAAGAACAUGGAGAACGCCAAGGCCUUGCGGGAUGCCGGCGGCAUCGAGAAGUUGGUCGGCAUCUCCAAAAGCAAAGGAGAUAAACACUCUCCAAAAGUGGUCAAGGCUGCAUCUCAGGUCCUCAACAGCAUGUGGCAGUACCGAGAUCUGAGGAGUCUCUACAAAAAGGAUGGAUGGUCACAAUAUCACUUUGUAGCCUCAUCUUCCACCAUCGAGAGGGAUCGGCAAAGGCCCUACUCCUCUUCCCGCACGCCCUCCAUCUCCCCUGUGCGCGUGUCUCCCAACAACCGCUCAGCAAGUGCCCCAGCUUCACCUCGGGAAAUGAUCAGCCUCAAAGAAAGGAAAACCGACUAUGAGUCCACGGGAAGCAGUGCCACUUACCACGGAGCUAAAGGAGAACACACUUCCCGGAAAGACACGGCAACAGCUCCAGAGACUGGAGUUUCUGGGUUGCAUCAAGGGCAUAUGAACCAACCCAAGUGGAUCCUCUUUUCUGUGCAGGUUUCAGCACAGCCUGUCCCCCAGGAGCCCAGCAGAAAAGAUUACGAGACCUACCAGCCGUUCCAGAAUGCCACGAGAAACUACGACGAGUCCUUCUUCGAGGACCAGGUCCACCACCGCCCUCCCGCCAGUGAGUACACCAUGCACCUGGGACUCAAGUCCACCGGCAACUAUGUCGACUUCUACUCAGCUGCCCGACCCUACAGUGAACUGAACUAUGAAACGAGCCACUACCCCGCCUCCCCCGACUCCUGGGUGUGAGGAGCGGGCAGCAGCAGGCGCGCCGGGAGCAGUGCAUGUGCAUGCAUACCACGAGACAUUGCUUUUUUUUCCCCCUGCAAAUUUAGUUCGUUAAAGCCUGUCCCAUAGGAAGGCUGUGAUAACCAGUAAGGAAAUAUUAAGAGCUAUUUUAGAAAGCUAAACGAAUCAAAAGUUAACUCGGAAGUCGAUAGAAAGCUAAAGAGAUCCUGAACAUGACAUUGUGCAACACCUUUCUAGUUUUGAGCUGUAGAGUAUAAAAGUGCUUUAAACUGAACGUGGCUGAAGGCAAGAGAAGAGACGGUGGGGCGGUGGGGCGGGGAGGUUAUCUGAAGCACAAGAGGCGGCAUAGUUCACACACGUUAGAGGGACGGCUUCUCAUGCUUUGUUUUCUCUCUCCAUCCGUUGUGAUUCUAGGCUUCAAGUUGCACUGGGGUUCCUCUGUACAGCAAGAUGUUUCUUGCCUUUUGUUAAUGCAUCGUUGUAAAGUAUUUGAUGUACAUUACAGAUUAAAGAAGAAAAGCGCAUUGUGUAUAUUACACCAAUGCCAGCAGUGUUUCCUCAUCUAUGGUUCUAAAUAUUGCUUCAAUUUCAGACUUUUGAGAGAUGUAUGGAUUUCCAGUUCUUCUUUUCUUUUCUUUCUCCCAGUACGUUUUAACAAA